AUGGACCACCUCAGAUCCAUCUCGACCACCCGCCCCUCUGUUGCGCUCUUGAUACUCGCUGUCGCUUUCACCAUAGUCUAUUGUCUUGUUCUUGCAAUCUAUCGUGUCUUCUUCCAUCCCAUUGCUCAUUUUCCAGGGCCCAAGCUUGCCGGGCUGACGAGAUGGUACGAGUUCUACUACGAAAUCAUCCAAAAAGGCCAAAUGACCUUUCACAUCCAAGACCUGCAUAAGCAAUAUGGUCCCAUCGUCCGAGUAACACCCAAUGAAUUGCACAUUCUGGACUCGGACUAUUUUGAAGAGCUCUAUGUCAAGUCCGGCAGGCUCGAUAAAUAUGCCCCGUUCUCUGCCAGGUUCGGCACUGACGAUACCUUCUUCACCGCGCCACUGCAGGAAGACCACCGUCGUUUGCGUAAUGCUGUAGCUCCUUUCUUCUCUAAGCGCAAAAUCAUGGACUUCCAGCCUGUCGUACGUGCCAAGUUGAGGAAGCUUUGCUCGAGGGUCCAAGAAUAUGCAGGGACCGAUCGUGUACUGCCGCUUCAUCGUGCCUGGACGGCAUAUGCGGGAGAUGUCGUGACGGAAUUUUGUUUCGCAAAGUCAUACGACCAUCUCGACUCUCCGGAAUUCAAAGAAACGUUCCACGAAGCAAUGCACGCCGCCUGCGAAUCUUCCAGCAUGUUGAUGCAGUUUCCGUGGCUGUGGCCCGUGAUGAACAGCCUCCCAGAUUGGCUGGUACUGAGGCUCGAACCGAAUAUGUACAUGCAUAUACAAGUUCAACAGGACUUCCAUCGGACCAUCUCCGCGCUCAAGGAGAACCAUGACGAAUCCAGGAAGAUGUUUGAUCAUCCAACACUAUUCCACGAGAUGCUUCACAGUGACCUUUCCACCAAGGAGAAGUCGGUGAACCGCAUGGUGCAAGAAGCUCAAGUAAUCAUUGGUGCCGCCAUUUUAACCACCUCAUGGGCCGCUGCGGUGGCCAGCUUUCACAUCAUUAACAACCCUGAAAUCUUCGCGAAGUUGCGAGCUGAACUCGACGAAGCCAUUCCCGACCCAUCGAUGCAGCUCCACUGGCAGAACCUCGGGCAGUUGCCCUACCUGACAGGGUGUAUCAAAGAGGGUAUCAGGCUAGCAUAUGGCAUUGCUUCUCGGCUGCCUCGGGUUGCCCGCCACGACCUGAAGUACAAAGAUUGGAUCAUUCCGGCAGGCACACCGAUCUCCAUGACCAUAGUCGACAUGAAUCAUGAUGAAGAUGUCUUCCCUGAGUCAAAUUCAUUUGUUCCGGAAAGGUGGCUGAAUAACCCAACCACAAAGGACGGCCAACCAUUAGAGAGAUAUUUCGUUGGCUUUGGGAGAGGAACAAGGCAAUGUAUCGGUCAGAACCUUGCUCAAGCUGAGCUGUACAUGGGGCUUGCCACAAUAUUUAGGACGUUCUCUUUCGAGUUGUAUGAAACUGAGCUGUCGGAUACGGUCCUGGCUCAUGACUAUUUUGUGCCGACCGUCAAACUCGACACCAAGGGGAUCAGAGUCAAGGUGAAAUCGGUGGAAAAGUAG